AUGAUGAACGAAUUGCCUCAGGUGAGCAGCACGACCUCUUUGUCGGACAAUCCGCAGUUGCGGCAGUAUUAUGAUCGGUUUUUGUUCAAGAAUAGCAGUGGCAAGUCGUUGUCGGACUUGCCUGCCAAGGCGCGGGAACAGGCUCGAGAACAGGCACGCAGCAAUCUCCAUACGGAGGGCGGUUUUGUAGACGGUCAGGGCCAGGGCCAGGGCCUAGGGCCAGAGACAGGCGGCCUGCAGAUGAAUAACAAUAAUAACAAUCAUAAUCAUAACCAUAAUCAUAAUAAUAACAAUAGUAAUAGUAAUAGCAACAACACGACUGGGAUCGAUUUUAUCAAUGGAUUUAGAAACCCCAUGUACCAGACUGCGACAUCGCCCGUGUCCAGUUCAGGGUCCCACCGCAUGAACAUAUCGUUUUCGGAUGCUAUGGGUGGUAUGCCGGGGGCUCCUCUUCCUGGGCCUGGGAGCGCUUCUAUGUUCCAAUUCAGCAAUGCGCCUAUGGCACCUGGGCCUCCUCCUUCUGCAUUUGGGAUGGUUCCUCUAAGCGAGUCUUCGCAUGGACACGGGCGCGGUUCGGUCCAAAUGGACUACUCUGUUAUGGGUAGUACUUCCCCACAGCAGCAGCAGCAACAGCAGCAACAGCAGCAACAGCAGCCCGUGAUGUCGUUCCAAGGAUCAGCAUCUUCUGCGUUUGCACAAGGAAAUAUCGGUCCUAGCCUGCAUUCCAGGAACAACUCGGUAGUGUCCAAUAGUUCGAUCUCGCCUUCGAGCUACUACGCAACGUUGAACCAGACUGUGUCACCAAGUUCGCAAUUAUCUCCCUUGAAUAGUGCGGGUGGAAGCAGUUAUGGUGCCGGCACCGUGACUCCUUCUAAUUUCCCAUUUAGCCAGGACCCCACUAACUUCAUAGUGGACGCCCAUGCUAAUGGUAGAAGGUCAUCAUACGUUGCAGAUGCGCUAAUUCACGGCCAUAUGGCGGGCAGCCCAACUUCUGCAUCCAACAUGGGAAACAAAAAUAACGCUAACAAUGGUAAUGGCAAUAAGCAUAACAAAAACGCUAAUAAUAACACUAAUACCGACAACACCCAGCAAAGAUUCUUCGGGCAACAGAGACAGACUCAUUCCAGCAGCGUUAGUGCUGGAGGUGGAACCGGAUAUCAGCCAACGAGAAACAUCCACCAAAUGAAACAUCACAGCGUAAGCAGCGGCAGUAGUGGGCCUAUUAGCUCCAACGUAACCCAGAAUUCAAUUCAACAGCAACCAUUGCAGCCUGUUCCUUCUUCUUCAUCAUCAUCAUCGCAAAAUGGUACUACCAACACCCAAUCAGUUACUGCUGGGUUACCAGCUCAAGGCACCUUCCCGCUGGAUAACGGUUUACUCUUGAAAGACAACCAUAUUGUGUCUUCUCCAAGCUUAUCUCAAUUGUACAAAGACUGUGGUGAGAACUUCUUUGCCAGCAAACAAAGUUUCGAGUUUAUUGAUACCAUAAAGGAUCUUAUUGCAGGAAAAUCUGGUGAUGAAGUCAGGAGCAAGAAGAUUCAAAAAUUCUUGGGCUUUUUGAAAAGCUGUAACCUAAACUACAAUCCACAAUCCGAUGCUUUUGUGUCUACGGGCAAGCAUAGGAGAUCUUCCACCAGCAGCUAUUUACAUUAUCGCCCUCUAGUACUAGUGGCUUUGAAAAAUGGUAAGCUUGAAUUAUUGUCCCUGCCUCAGAAUACCAACUUGAGUUUGGCCCGUAAUGAUUUGAUAAUUAUUGAUGGUGAUCGUGGUAAAGACUUGGCGGUCUGUGUCGAGCCUGUGGUUGAUCUUGAAUUGGCGUUGUUUAUCAACUUCUUGAAGAAAAAGAUUCAUUUCGAUUCUUUGAUUACUUCAAGAAACCAACACUACCCUGCGGAAAAAUUCAUUGAUGCAUUAAUGAAUAAUGCUAAUGGUUCACAAGAUGAUUUAAAUUCAAAGCUCUACGACGUUAUCGAAUUAACACAACUAAUCAUUCCAAGCAAACAAAUAUUACGUUUCGCCACCCCAUGGGAAUGUUCCACUAAUCUUCAUAGUAAAUUCCAAGAUGAAUUGAAGGCACUCCACAUUGCCCAAUUGAAAUUAAAGACUUUGAACAGUAAUAACUCAGCUAAUGGUAAGCCAAGUUUGAACAUUAAAAUAUUGAAUUCAGAGUUUCAAUUUGAUAGAAAAAAGCUAACAUUCUACUAUAUCUGUCAAGAACGUAAUGAUUUCCGUGAAUUGAUAAAAGAAUUAUUCAAAUUCUACAAGACAAGAAUUUGGCUCUGUGCUAUUCCAAACAACCUUGAAAUCGAUACCAAAUAUUAUGAUAAUGAAAAGAAAGAAUGGGCUAUGUAUGAAGAUAUGAUGAAACACUUCCAACAAGAGGAACUAAUUGAUAAUAAUUUGCCACCUCAAACCGGAUUCAUCGUUGCACCAUCCCUAAACAAAAUUCAAUUGGACAAUUUCCAAAUUGGUGUCUACAAGGAACUGGUCAAUUCAAUGUUUUGA